AUGCAAACCACGAUGACAACGCGACGACUUGGCCUUCUCGGUCUGCUGGUGGUGCUGGGUUGCAUAGUGGCCCAGGGCAAACCACAUGGCUGGAGCAGCGGUGGCGGAGGCGGCGGUGGUUGGUCCUCCGGUGGCGGAUUGGGAGGAGGCAGCAAGGUCAUCAUUAGCAGCUGGCCCUCCAGUGGCGGCGGCGGCGGCGGUUGGUCCUCGGGCGGAUCAGGAUCGGGUGGCUGGAAGAGCGGCGGUGGAGGCGGCUGGUCAUCUGGUGGCUCGGGAGGCGGCGGCUGGAAGAGCGGCGGUGGUUCCAGUGGCUGGUCCUCCGGCGGCGGAUCCUCUGGCUGGCCCAGUUCCGGUGGAUCCUCUGGCUGGAAGUCCGGUGGCAGUUCGGGAUUAUCCAGUGCCCUGUCCAGUCUCUCGGGAUGGAAAUCGCAGGCUUUGAGUAGCCUGAGCAGCGGUUGGAAGAGCGGCGGCGGCGGAGGAGGAGGUGGCUGGUCAUCUGGAGGAUCUGGAGGCGGUGGCUGGAAGAGCGGCGGUGGCUCCGGCGGUUGGUCCUCCGGCGGCGGAUCCUCCGCCUGGCCCAGCAAGAUCAGCAGCGGCUGGUCCUCUGGCGGCGGUGGUGGCAGUGGAGGCGGCUGGUCCUCCGGCGGAAGCGGCGGCUGGAGCUGGUAAACAAAUCCCGAAUAAGUGACCACAUAGAACCGAGGCAAACCGGCGACGCGGCGAUUCCACUACUCAACUUGUAUAUAACAUUUCUCUGCCCUAAACUUAAUCAACCUUUUUUUUUGUGUAUCUAAAUAUGUGAAUAAAUCUUACGAGAAUGUAACUUUGA